GUGGUGGUGGACUGGUGGUAGUAGUGGCUACCAAACACCAGCGUUCGCAUACACGCAACCUGAGCUCUCACACUACGCGCUCUCACAUACGCACAUCCGAGUCAAGGGCGUGUACGCGCGCGUGUAAGUGUGCGUGUAUGUUACUAGUAUCCAAGUAAGGAGUCCACACCUUGCUCUAGUGCCGUGAAGGAGCUGAAAGGCGCGUUGAACUGAAGCUGUGAACCUGUGAAGGAUUCCCUGUUGGUGAGCAGUGUUACCUGUGAUGUGCUGCCCCUAGCGGCCAGGUGGGGAAUCAAUAACCCUGUUCCUGCGGUUUAAAUGUCCCCAAACGAGAGGGGCUUGGUGCACCAGUGAGCCAGACUCCUCUGAACCUGCAGAGAAUGAGUGUGACGAUCUGAAACGGAAUCCUCGACGAGUGGCGCAAGGCAGGGGACUCCAACGGGCGGUGCAGGUUGAGCGGCGCGGCCCUAGCCAGGCGGCGGGGAAACGCACGCGGCGGGAGUGUUUCAAAUCAUCUAGCGUGAGUCCAAAGUGCCUGAGGGAGGCCAGUGACAGGCAGGCAGUGCGACGCGCGAGCAUGGACGGUGCAGUGCAGUGCGUGGGCGUGCGGUGACGGGCUAGCGAAAUGGCAAAGAGAGACUUGAUCCCCGGAGGUAAAGUGGUCGCGGCAGGGACAGUGUGGCGCCUCCUGCUAGUGGUGGUGGCGGCGACGGGGGUGAGGGCACAGUACCGCAACGACCGCGAUCAUGAGACUCUCCGGGACAACUACUGGGAAAAUCACUACCGCAGUCAAGGCUAUUACUCCACCCCGCCCCCAAUCCGCACCCAGUACAGCUCGGGCGACACCUACUACGGCACGGACCGCCGCUACGACACGCGCUACGACGACCCCUCACAGACACGAGGGUUCGAUAACCGGUACCAGGACCAGAGUUUCCGAUACAGCGAGAACCCGAGGCUGAGUGGGAACUACCUGGGGCGUGGCAGGUAUGACGCCCGCGGCAGGGAGCGACCAGGGAGCUCGCGUGGGGAGGAGCCGUGGAACUACAGGCAAGGGAUUCUGGACAUCUGGCGGCCUGAUCUGCAGGGGGAGUUCCGGCCUGCAGAGGAGCCAGGCCUCACCCUUCCCCUGGCGGACAUCUUCGUCACCACGGACUCGGGCAAGGUGCAAGGCUUCUACGUGUACCUAUAUGACAAGCCCGGGGUGAGGCACAACGAGCGGCCCGUCAACAAGCCCAUCCACCAGCAGCGCUACAUUAUGAACGUCUCCACCUUCCUGGGCAUCCCGUACGCCAAGCCGCCGCUGCUCGAGGGACGCUUCAAGCCUCCACGACACGUCCCUAACUGGUACAGCACAUGGCAGGCACUGGACUACCAGAGUGCCUGCCCUCAGAACCUCAAGUACAUUGGGGCCUCAAAUGGCAUCAGGAACGGCAUCCAUGAGGACUGCCUCUACCUCAAUGUCUUCACACCCUCGGUGUCCAUCAAUGUGAACAACAUGUACCCAGUGCUGUUCUACAUCCAUGGUGGAAACCUGGAUCACGGGGCGAGCAAUCUGUUCCCAGGACACAUGUUGGCAGCCUAUGGGGAGGUGGUGGUGGUCACCUUUAACUACCGGCUUGGGGCGCUUGGGUUCCUCAGCACAGGAGAUGCCAACUCACCUGGUAACUAUGGCCUGAUGGACAUGGCCAUGGCCCUUGAGUGGGUGUAUACCAACAUACGCUUCUUUAAUGGCGACCGCAACAAGAUCACAGUGUUUGGGCCAGGAGCAGGUGGAGCCAUGGCAGGGAUUCUCGCUGUGCUGCCCCGAACCAAGGACUAUGUCAGCCAGGUCAUUGCUCAGAGUGGUUCCCCCCUGGCAGAGUGGGCAGUGUUGGAUGAUGUCUAUCGUGUGCAAAACACCUCCCGUGUGUAUGGCCUGGAGGUGGGCUGCACUGUUGAGAGUUCUUACAAGUUGCUGCAGUGUCUCAACCGACGUAGCUAUGAGGAACUCUCUACUGCACCCAUCACACCUGAUGUGGGGACCUUUGCCUGGGGUCCUGUUGUAGACACCAACUUCACAGUGCCAGGAGAUGAGUGGUAUGAGGAGUGGGAGGAGAAGGACUGGCGCAUCGUCCCUGAGAUGCCCAUCAACUUCUAUCAAAGAAACCACCACCACCGCAACCUUCGCUACAUGACAGGGGUCAAUCGAGAUGCUGGUGCCAACUUUGUGUUCAAUGACAACCGGCUGGUGCGUAACCAUCAUGAGGUCACUGAGGAGUUCUUCAAUGAGCGAGUGAAGGACUGGGUAAAGCACUACAACUACUCUCUCAACAUGGAAGGGGCCUAUGAUGCCAUCAAGUGGAUGUACACCUAUGGACCCGACCCACACAAUACUACACACAUCCGGGAGCAGUAUGUGAAUAUGUUAUCAGAUGCACUCUACAAGUCUGGCGUGGAUGAAAUAGUGAAGGUGCUAGUCAACUCCACCAAUAAGCAAAGGGUUCCUACCUACUACUACCUCCUCAACACCACUGUAGAGGCCCUCAAGCUGCCCUUCUGGAGAGAGAUCCCCAACGACAUUGAGUAUUAUUUCAUCAGUGGUGCUCCCUUUAUGGAUCCAGACUUCUACCCUGAGUCUGUAAGAGUGUCCCGGGAGCAGUGGAGCGAAGGCGACCGUAACAUCUCAGAAUUCAUGAUGAAAACCAUUGCCAACUUUGCUAAAUGGGGGAACCCCACCCAGACCCAGGUACAGGUGCUCAAGGUGAAAUGGGAGGAGGUGCUGGAGGGUAACCUGAGGUACCUGAGCAUCAACACCACCUUCAACACCUCCAUGCACUAUAACUACCGCCAGCCUUACAACACCUUCUGGACCACUUACAUGCCGCAGGUCAUACGCGAGUGGGUGCCCACUGUGCCACCACCUCUCAAUCCCUGGACACAGAUGAGCCAGCCCAUUGUGGCAGCCUUCUACGGGUCCCUGAUGGCCUGCGUGGUGCUGCUGGUGAUACUUUUUGUUUGCUGUGGCCUUUGGAAAUCAGCCAAGAGACAGAGGAACAAGGCCCUGGAUGAUCUCCAAUACAUCUCGUCGGACCACCUUGAGGCCCCCCAUGACCAGGACGACUACAAGGUUAGGGAGUACCUGGACAGGCUCUCUGACCACCAACUUAGCAAUGGCCAGACCCCGUCACGGCCCAUCACCCCGACUUCACGGCCAAUCACCCCAAAUACUGUCACCACCGAAGCCCCAGAGCUCUCAGAGGCCGGGACGCUCAAGAGGGGCAACAGCAACCACGAAAGUUACCGACCCAACCAUCACACCAUGGCUAAGUCUGUCGACCAACUGAACUAUCCUCGCUAUCAGCCACACAAUAACCACAAUAACCAGCCAACACAAGUCCACCUUUCCAGAUCCACAGAUAACAUUCUGGAGAGUUACCCUCGGGCCUACAUCACUCCAGACAUGGGGCCACAGCUCAAUGGAUAUGUGCAACAGCCACAGUCACAGCAGAGGAAGAUCAAUACUACUACUAAUAAUAAUGUAAACAUGACUCCACCCCAGCAAAUGAGGCCUAUCACCCCAGCUUCAGAGGUCCAUUCUGAGCCCCUGAGACGACCAUCCUAUGACUCUGCAUUUUCAACACAGCCUCUUGUAUGUGAUGAACUGAAGAAGGCUCCGAGGACUCCCCAGCCAACAGUGCGCACUUCUGUGGCCACAAUCACAUCCACCACAGGCCUUCUCCACACUGAGCUGUGAGCAAUGGGGUCUUUACUCAGGCUGUAUUUAUGCCUCCAAACUUUCCAGUGAUGUGUCAGUGCUGUGUGGCGCUUAUGAAAACACUGAGUGUAGCUAGGCUCUCAAGUUCAGUUCUUGAAUGUGGCCAAAACAUUCUGUUAGGGCACUAUGAAGGUACCUCAAGGGAAAGAGUGAAGUGGAGGUUGAGUUUUUUAUUUGAUUGUUCUCAAGUUUCCAAUUUGUUGUACACUAGUAACUUGACAUGCAACACUGAAAUGGUUGCUUUUCUUCCCCCACAAGACAAAGCUGAGUUUUCUUUCUUGUAGUGCCAAAAUCAAGUUACUUGAUUUACGGUGUUUAUGGUAUCUUAUUUUAUUAAUGUGUGAUAAAUUGAGUCACAAGGUUAUUAUUGCUGGCUGUGACAUUUAUGAAUCAGCCAGAAACAAUGGUUUCCUCUAGGAGGAUGUAAUGAAUGAAUAUUGGUUCAGUAUUCUCACAAACUAGGAAACUACUAACCAGUGGAACUGAUUAUUCAAGUUCUUUAUAAGCCUCAGUUUUGUCCCAUCAUUACUGUCAUCAUCACAAUUUUUAAAGACAGGUCCAUGAUUAUAAAGAUGAGCCUUGUCACCUGAUGGUAGCUUGCUAGCUUCACAGAUCUCUCAGAUUUAUUUGUCAGGUUCUUUCAUUUUCAUAUUCAUUCAAAGUGUUAUUAAGGUGUUACAACAAGUACCAUGUGGUGAUGACACUACUGCUGCUGCAACACAGACCAGUGAUAUACACUUGUUCCUUAUGGUAUCACAGAGUCCAAUGAAUUUUAUGUCUACAGAUCAAAGAAAUAUUAAUGUAUGUACUAAUAAACUGCCUUAUAUUAAUCAUAGACAUAUAAAGACCAAGAAUUGAGCAUGUGAUAGGUGGAGGCCUACUGCAGACUUUUAUUUUAAACAUUUUGUAGAAUAUGACAUCACUACUUUGAAUAACUGUACAUGACUAGAGGUGAGUAAAAGAGGAGGAAAAGAGAGGGAAGACAUAUGAGGCACCCAGAGCCAGAGUAAUGUAAGCAACCUUGUGGACGAAAUUAUUAUUUUUAUUGCAUUGUCUUUCCCACCAUUCCUACCAUGACAUCAGAAUGGACCCCACAAUCGAGUCAAAAAUCUAUCCAAGUGAAAUUAUCCACAGAACCUUCUUGUCAUGCUUGAGUGACAGCUAUCAGUUGCUUGGACCAGAGAGAAGUAAUUCCUUCACCACAGCAGCACAGGAAAGGCCAGGCAAUGACAGCUUGUGCUGCAAGUCACAUGUCACACCAGGACACCUCCCCACCACCACACCCACACACUUCACACUCUCCCUCCCUCCAGCCUGCUUGCUACCCUUAAACAACAGGCUGCUGCCUUAAUUUUUCUAUCACACAACAUAUAAGCCUUUCAUUAUAAUGGCAGCCAACAGCAAACCCCCUGUGGAGCCAGGACUCUCCAGAGGAAGAAAAAUAUCACUAAAAGACAAAGAAACGUAGGGGAAGCCUACACAAACUUUGAAAAUGUAUUUCUUUAUAUUCUAUUAUCCUUUACACCAGUAUAUUUUCAUAACAUUUAUUAGUUCUUUUUUUUAGUUUCUUCAAGAUAAAUGUUUUAAGCUUGUAUCAAUUUCUUCAUUUGUGUUCAUCUUAGGAAGUACUUGUAUGUUGCUUAUAUUUUUUUCUUCACAAAAUUGAUAAGUUCACCGAAAAGAAGACUUUUAAUGGUUGUAAUUCCCUUAUUAGUACAUAGAAAAUAAAGCAACUUUAUAGAAUAAAGAAAAUAAACAAUGCGUGGGUGCUAGAUAAAAAUGUGAAUGUGGCUGGGUGAUAUUCUGAACAAAAUCAUAUAAAAAGUCACCUAUUUAUUUCUAGUGAUGUAAUUUGAUUGUAACUUCACAAUAUAAUUCAACUAAACAGUUGUAAAGGGUAUAAAUUACUGAAUAUUUUGUUACCAAUCAUUUCUUUCUAUCUCACUCCAUUGAAGAGAUAUCAUAUCUUGAAACUUGCAAAAUUCUGACUGUGUUUUCCUCCAUUUUUAGUUUUUGGCACUUACAUGACUCUGGCUCGAGGCAUCUCAUAUUUCUUAGUUAAUAUAAGUUAAUACCCACAUACAACUGAUUUAUGUUGUGGAGAACUGCCUGUAGUGUUUAGUGUGUAUUAAGAGAAAGGUUAUAUUCUACCUUGAGAUAACAGUGUACAAAUAUGGUCACAGUUGAUAAAAGGAACAUUCAGAUAUUAGUCACAAUAAUUCACAAUGCAUGACUCCUGUGCACAUGGAUGUUAUAAACUGUGUGUGUGUGUGUGUGUGUGUGUGUGUGUGUGUGUGUGUGUGUGUGUGUGUGUGUGUGUGUGUGUGUGUGUGUGUGUGUGUGUGUGUGUGUGUGUGUGUGUGUGUGUGUGUGUGUGUGUGUGUGUGUGUGUGGCAUUUAUGUAUAUAAAUGACUAAUAGUUAUAAAACAAGAUAAAUUUAGCUUUUUAUACCAGAACAGGUAAUUUCUAUCACAUUAAUAUUACUUACCUGACCUGACACUUAACAUGCAUAUUAAGUGUUGUUCAUACCAGACCUUCACUCUGUGCAAUCCAGUGCAACAGUAUAAUAUAUAGUUUUGUGCAUCAGUUCAGUAUCAUUAAUUAGCUACAAAGCACAGUGCAGGAUGAUGGCUGCUGAGAAAGUUAUUCUUUGUAAUUCAGUCACACAACCCUAAAACUCCAAUACAUGACUUAAAUUUCACUCCAACUGUUUUAACAUUUGCGUACAAAUCUUAACAAUUUUGGGACAAAGAACAAUUAAAAGAAAGCUUACAUUUUGAUUACUCCAGUCAUUCAAAUUUGUGAACACAAAUUUACUAUUUUCAGUGUGCAUUUAGACUUCCAGGAGGAUUCUCAUCUUCAAGCCAGUAUAUACUCAAUACAAAACCAUUUAUUUCUUGAACAAUGAUGGACAGCUUGCAAAAAAAAAUACAGUUCUUAUAGAAAAGUAAUUUCACAAUAUAGAAAUGUAUGUUAAUUAAACAAUUUGUUCCCAUGAAAUGUAAAAUAAGAAAAAAUAAACUUAGAGUUGUGUCUCAGAGGGAUAAACAGCUCUUCUCUUGGACAAGAGACAAGAGGUGAUCCCCAUCAUGCAAGUAGAAUUAACUUUUAAAGUUACCUAUUGUAUCAGAAACAACACAUUUCUUAUAGCAGCUAUGAUUCAAAAUUUGUCUUCUCAACUGUUCUUUAAUAUAUUUGAGUAACAUUUUACAGUCGUUAAGGGUAAUAAUACUAACAACCUGUAAACCAUCCCAAAAAGAUACAAGGCAGUUCACUAAAUCCAAGCAAGGAAUACCAGACUUCCCUAGAGGAAUGUCAUGUUAAUCAGUAACAAAGUGCCUUCAUGCAUGCCAUCCCGUUCUUGUAGACAUAAAUGCAAUAAUUUGUUCAGACACGACACAGAUAUUGACUGUGCUGAAAUGUCUUGUGUGUGCCUUUUAUAAAUAAAACAUUUCCUAUGUUAUUUUGAAUUUUUCAUAAAUAAACAUCAAAUACA